AUGGCCGGGGUGAUAGGUAGGGGAAGAGGGAAGGGAGGAUGGAGAGGGGGAAGGAGGAGGGCAGGCGAGAGGGGGAACGAGGAGGUUCAGGAGGUUCAGGAGGUGAUGAUGAUGCAGGAUGGCGGCGAAAUUGAGGAGACUAACGACGAAUGCGAGGAAAUUCGCGAAAACAAAAGCGGAAGCGACGGGAGCGGUGGGGAAGGUGACGUCAGAGAAAUCCCUCCCCGAGCGACGAGGAUGCGGCAGGCGAAGCCUGCGAGAGUUAACGCAGUUACAGCUCGCGCCACGUCCGGCCGUUUACAGCGAACUUUAGCCACAAGAGAGGGGAUUCGGGGGAAUGAAAGCACGCGCGCCGGGGAAAAGAGGGAGGGGAGAAGAGAGAGAAUGGAGAGAAGGGAGAGAAGGGAGGCUGGCAGGUCCGGCCGUUUAGGGCGCGCUGUUGAGACGGGUGAGGGGAUUGCAAGCACGCGAGAUGGGGGAAAGAGGCAGGAGGGGCAGGAGACGAUGCGAGGUACGGGGAAAACGGUGGCAUGUGGAGGGACUAGAGGCGGGGUAAGUGGGGGGGGUGAUUUGGGGAAGAAGAAAUUGCACUGGAAGCAGAAGAAAGCGAUGGAAGAAAGGAAGCAAGCGGACGAGGAGAAGGGAAGGAAAACGGGAGAAACUGGGGAGGCGGAUGAGGGGAAGAAGAAAUUGCACUGGAAGCAGAAGAAAGCGAUGGAAGAAAAGAAGCAAGCAGACGAGAAGAGAAAGAAAGAGGGGGAAACCAGGGAGGCGGAUUUGGGGAAGAAAUUGCACUGGAAGCAGAGGAAAGCGAUGAAAGAAAAGAGGCAAGCGGAUGAGGGGAAGGGAAAGCAAGCGGGAGAAACUGAGGAGGCGGAUGAGGGGAAGAGGAAAUUGCAUUGGAGGCACAAGAAAGCGAUGGAAGAAAAGAGGAAAGCGGAUGAGGGGAGGAGAAAGCAAGCGGGAGAAUCCGGGGAAGCGGAUUUGGGGAAGAAGAAAUUGCACUGGAAGCAGAGGAAAGCGAUGGAAGAAAAGAAGCAAGAGGAUGAGGGGAGGAGAAAGCAAGCGGGAGAAUCUGGGGAGGCGGACUUCGGGAAGAAGAAAUUGCAUUGGAAGCAGAAGAAAGCGAUGGAAGAAAAGGAGCAGGCGGAGAGAGCUGGAGAGGAGAAGCGGAAGUUAGGACGUGAGGGAGGGGAUGAGAGGGGGAAUGGAAGGGGGGACGAGAGGCGGGGGAAAAGGAGAAGGAUGUUAGAACGAGGGACAAAAAAGAGAGAGGUGGGAGAGGAGGAGGGUGCAGGUGAUGCGGAGGGGAAUCUGAUGAAGCCGAUUGACAAGCAGGCGGCGAGUGGUUUGUCAGAAAGGCGACUUGUGAGUCCACUCCGGGGCCAGCUCGAAAGGGAAGCGGGAGAGGAAGAGGGGGAGGAGGAGGAGGAGGAUGCAGGUGAAGCGCAGGGGAAGCUGAGUGGGGUGCGCAGAGGAAAGGUGACGGCGAGUGAAUUGGCUGAAAGGCGGCGGAUCAAGGGAGAGCUCCUGGCGGAGGAGAUUAAGAGGGAGAUAAAGAAGCUGGUGGACACAGGGAACCUAGAGCAGGUGAGCAGAGAGAAGAUGACUGUCAUAUCCGUGCAACAGCAGCUCGCAGGGAAGAUUUUCGGGGAGAACCAUCCGGUGAGCAAGAAGCGAGUGAGGGCUGCCGUGUUUGCGAUAUUCCAAGAGGAGUGGCAUGUGCUGGAACGGCAGCAGCGUGAGGGGCAUGUUGGGAUGUCAGCAUGA